ACCGUUAUUGAGGAAGUUGACUUUUAUGUCUACUUUGUAAGUAAGUGUACGCUACAAAAAAAAGUGGCAAUGCGGCGUGACAUGAGGGAGAAAAGUCACUUGACACUUCUUUAAUCAAUAAGAGGAGCUCCUCAUGGCACCCAGACAAAUAUCUGUAAGGCUUUUGAGGCUGUUUUUAUGUCUUUGUUGCCGGCUGUGGACAAGCCGAAGUCCCGGUGACGGAGUGUGGGCGUUGGAUGACACCCCAGUGGCCCACAUGAGCAUCCCGCAGCCCAACCCGGACGGCCUGGGUCCUCACCACUCACGCUUCAGUGACUGUCAGGCCAACGUGCACGGCAAUCUCACACACGAGAACAUUGGUGCCAGCAACCACAGCGGUCUACCGGUAGCCGAGUCCAGGCUGGUCGCGUACGAACUGCCUGGCCGUGUUGGGACCGCCCAUUUUACUGUCGUCCACGACCCACUGAGGACCCUGUCGGUGCUGGAGCCAGGUGGGCCGGGAGGUUGCGCCAAUUACACUUUGUCUACGGUGGAAGCCACGUCCCGGGCCCCUGGCUGUCUGUACGCCCAGAACGGCGGCUUCUUCGACACACAUACAGGCCAGUGUCUGGGCAACGUGGUGAGUGACGGUAGGAUGGUGCAGGACAGCGGCGGCGUGCAGAACGCCCAGUUUGGCAUGAGGAGGGACGGCACCCUGGUGUUUGGGUAUCUGUCCGAGGACGAGGUUUUGGAUGAAUCCAAUCCCUUUGUUCAGUUGGUGAGCGGAGUCAUCUGGCUGCUGAGGAAUGGCGAGGUGUACGUUAAUUCCAGUCUGAAGGCUGAAUGCAAGGGGACGCAGGAGACCGGCUCCUUGCAGUAUUUCACCGACGUUAUUUCGGCCAGGACGGCCUUGGGUCACGACGCCGAGGGCAGGGUUGUCUUGGUGCAGGUAGACGGACAGACGGGAGAAAGGGGAAUGAACCUUUGGGAGAUGGCUGACUUUCUCAAAGAAAAUGGAGUCAUCAACGCUAUCAAUACGGAUGGCGGCGGCUCGUCCACCUUUGUGUCCAAUGGCAUCUUGGCCAGCUACCCGUCCGACAAAUGCAAGGCAAACACAAGGUGGCGCUGCGCUCGGGCAGUCUCCACCGUCCUGUGCGUCCACCCGCGACGUUGCCGGCCGGCGGACUGCGGCGGACACGGCGUAUGCGAGGACGGAGUUUGUCGCUGCCAGGAAGGCUGGCGGGGCGCCGGCUGCGAGUCGGCGGUGUGUCAACCGCCAUUUUGCCGUCCCCACGGGGUCUGCACCGCCGGCGCUUGCGUCUGCCACGCCGGAUGGAGAGGCAAGAACUGCAGUCAAGAAUGUUUGGCAGGUUCCUAUGGCAACGGCUGCAAUCUGACUUGCAUCUGCAUGAACGGCGGCUCGUGCCAUCACGUCCACGGAGGCUGCAGCUGCGUGCCGGGAUUCUCCGGAGCAACCUGCGAAGAAGGUGGACGCUCAAGGGACAAAGAGCAGGAGCGAGAAACUUAUCUGACAGAGGCAACCUGGUUGGCGCUCACGAUCAUCUUGAGCAUUCUGCUGUUGCUCAACCUGCUGGCUGUGGUGGCCCUGCUGCGCAGGCCCUCACGGGUGAGCGGCACGCGUGCCAACUACCCCUACCUGCCGCUGACCACCUUCGACGAAGAGGUUUCCAACGGCCGUACGGCUGACAAAUGUGAUCGGGAUUGCUCAAACUCACUGGAAAUAAUCUAGGCCAUGAAGAAGAGACGCUUGACUUUCAAAACACUGGAAAAGGUGAGUUCCACAAAGUCUUGUCACACUUGACAGACAUUCCACACACACAUAUUUUUUUAAUUAUAACUUAAAGUAUGAUACUUUAUUUGAAUUUUUAUUUUUGGAGAUUGUGGUCAUUCUCAGGGAUAAAUUCUGCUGCCAGUCAACUGGAAUCGCAGUCCAAAUCAUUUCGAUAGAAUAUUCAGAUAUCAAUGAAGAAUGUAUAGAAUUAUUGGAAAUUUAUAUUUAUAGUGCUAUAUCAAUAUUUGAUGAGACUAUCCAAUAAAUGAAUAAAGAAAAGACUCAUUUUUC